CGGGCGGGGACGCCCUUCCGGCGGGAAGAUGGCGGCGGCGGCCCCGGGGGCGGCCGAGGGUCCCGCGGCGCUCCCGGCGCAGCCGCUGGAGCUCAAGAGCCAGUUCCGCACCCGGGAAGGCUCCUACCGGCUGCUGGGGCCCGAGCCCCGCGCCCGCGCCGGCCCCGCCGCCGCCCCCGGGCCUUCCCCGCCCGCCGCCGGCCCUGGCCCCGCCGCCGCCGCCUCCCCGGGCCCGGCCGCGCUGCCGCCGGUGCGGUUGUCCAUGGUGCGGUUGGCGCUGCCGCCCGCCGAGGAACCGGGGGGUCCGGCUGAGCGUAGCCGGGUUUGCUUCAACUUGGGCCGUGAGCUCUACUUCUACGGCGGGGCCGGUUCCGGUGGUCGCGGCAGCCGCCGGUCCCUGGACCUGCACAAACCCAUCGACAAACGCAUUUACAAGGGGACCCAACCGACCUGCCACGACUUCAACCAGUUCACGGCGGGCGCCGACACCAUCGCGCUGCUGGUGGGCUUCUCCGCCGGGCAGGUCCAGUACCUCGACCUGGUGAAGAAGGACACCAGUAAACUCUUCAACGAGGAGCGCCUGAUCGACAAAACGAAGGUGACUUUUGUCAAAUGGCUGCCGGAGACCGAGCGGCUCUUCCUGGCCUCCCACGCCAGCGGCCACCUCUACCUGUACGACGCUGAGCAGCCCUGCGGGGCCGCGGCCCCCCAGUACAACCUCCUGACGCAGGGCGAGGGCUUCAGCGUCUUCGCCUGUAAGAGCAAGACCCCCCGAAACCCCCUCCUCAAAUGGGCGGUGGGCGAGGGAGCCCUCAACGAAUUUGCUUUCUCGCCGGACGGGCGCUCGCUGGCCUGCGUCAGCCAGGACGGCUGCCUCCGCGUCUUCCAUUUUGACUCCAUGCUGCUGCAGGGGAUGAUGAAGAGUUAUUUCGGGGGGCUGCUCUGCGUCUGCUGGAGCCCCGACGGGCGCUACGUGGUGACGGGGGGCGAGGAUGAUUUGGUGACCGUCUGGUCCUUUGCCGAAGGGCGGGUGGUGGCCCGAGGUCACGGUCACAAGUCUUGGGUCAACGCUGUGGCCUUCGAUCCUUUCACCGGAGCGGCUCAGACCCCCCAACCCCCCGAGCUGAGUGGGGGCGAGGAGGAGGACGAGCCCCCGGAUCCCCUCGUCCGCCGUUCCCCCGCCGUCACCUACCGCUUCGGUUCGGCCGGCCAAGACACCCAGUUCUGCCUGUGGGACCUGACCGAGGACGUCCUCUACCCUCGUCCCCCCCUCUCCCGCGCCCGUACCCUCACCGGAUCGACGGAUGCCGGCGUUCCUGUCCCAGGGCUGCCCCGCUCGCUCUCCCGUUCCAACAGCCUCCCGCAGCCGGGGGGGACGGGCUCAGCCCGCUGCCCCCCACCCGACGUCCCCCCGGCUUUUAGCGUCGGUCGUUUCGCCACGCUGACACUGCAGGAACGGAAGGGACCUUCCGGUGCUGAAAAAGAGCACAAACGUUACCACAGUUUGGGGAACAUCAGCCGGAGCGGGGAGAAACCCCCCGGCGGUGCCGGAUCCAGGGCUCGGCUGGAUACGGCCAAGGUGCUGGGGACGGCGCUGUGCCCCCGAAUUCACGAGGUGCCGCUGCUGGAACCCCUCGUCUGCAAGAAGAUCGCCCACGAGCGCCUGACCGUGCUGCUGUUCUUGGAGGAUUGUAUCGUCACCGCCUGCCAGGAGGGGCUCAUCUGCACCUGGGCACGGCCCGGCAAAGCCGUGAGCGUGGAGCAGACGAAGCACCUGAAGGAGGAGCCGAAGGAGGAGAAGGCGGCCAAACCCGAGAGCGUCGUCAUCAAGCGGCGGCUGUCGGCGCUGGCCCAAGGCCAGGCCAUCUCCGUGCUGGGUGCCCAAGGCUCGGCCACCAACCUGCUGGAAGAAGAAGCCCCCCAGGCCAAGCGUCGCCCUGAGCCCAUCAUCCCGGCCACGCAGCCCCGGUUGGCGGGUGCCGGCGGGCGCAAGAAGGUUUUCCGCCUGGGCGACGUCCUCAAGCCGCUGAGUGACGCGCAGAUGGAGAAGCUGAAGCUCAGCGCCGUCAAGCGCAUCCUACGCGCCGAGCGCGCUGUCGCCUGCAGCGGGGCCGCCCAGGCCCGCGUGAAGAUCUUGGCCUCGCUGGUGACGCAGUUUGAGGUGCCGCUGAAGAGCGAGGUGCUGGCCUUCGUCCUCGAUGACAUCCGCGGCCGCCUCGACUUGGCCUUCGCUUGGCUCUUCCAGGAGUACAACGUCUACUUGAGCCGCUUCCCCGCCGGCAGCCUGGAGCGCUACGACGAGUGUCUCAUCGGGCUCCUCGCCGGGCUCCAGGAGAAGCCCGACCAGAAGGAUGGGGUUUUCACCAAAGUGGUGCUGGAAGCGCCGCUGAUCACCGAGAGCGCACUGGAGGUCAUCCGCAAGUACUGCGAGGACGAGAGCCGGACCUACCUGGGCAUGUCCACGCUGCGUGACCUCAUCUUCAAGCGGCCGUCGCGGCAGUUCCAAUACCUCCACGUCCUCUUGGAUCUCAGCUCCCAUGAGAAGGACAAGGUACGCCAGCAGGCCCUCCUCUUCAUCAAGCGCAUGUACGAGAAGGACCAACUGCGGGAGUACGUGGAGAAGUUUGCCCUCAACUACCUCCAGCUCCUGGUGCACCCCAACCCACCCUCCGUCCUCUUCGGUGCCGACAAGGACACGGAGGUGGCGGCGCCGUGGACGGAGGAGACCAUCAAGCAGUGCCUCUACCUCUACCUGGCACUGCUGCCCCACAACCACAAGCUCAUCCACGAGUUGGCUUCCGUCUACACCGAAGCCAUCGCUGACAUCAAGCGCACCGUCCUGCGGGUCAUCGAGCAGCCGAUCCGCGGGAUGGGGAUGAACUCGCCCGAGCUGCUGCUGCUGGUGGAGAAUUGCCCCAAGGGAGCCGAGACGUUGGUGACGCGCUGCCUGCACAGCCUGACGGACAAAGUGCCCCCCUCGCCUGAGCUGGUGAAGAGGGUCCGCGACCUCUAUCACAAGCGGCUGCCAGAUGUGAGGUUCCUCAUCCCCGUCCUCAAUGGGCUGGAGAAGAAAGAGGUGAUCCAGGCGCUGCCCAAACUCAUCAAGCUCAACCCCAUCGUGGUCAAGGAGGUCUUCAACCGCCUGCUGGGGACACAACAUGGUGACGGUGCCUCGGCUGUGUCCCCGCUGAACCCAGGGGAGCUGCUCAUCGCCCUGCACAACAUCGACUCCUCCAAGUGCGACAUGAAAUCCAUCAUCAAAGCCACCAACCUGUGCUUCGCCGAGCGGAACGUCUACACGUCGGAGGUGCUGGCGGUGGUGAUGCAGCAGCUGAUGGAGCAGAGCCCGCUGCCCAUGCUGCUCAUGCGCACCGUCAUCCAGGCGCUCACCAUGUACCCCCGCCUCGGCGGCUUCGUCAUGAACAUCCUCUCCCGCCUCAUCAUGAAGCAGGUGUGGAAGUACCCCAAAGUCUGGGAGGGCUUCAUCAAGUGCUGCCAGCGCACGAAGCCUCAGUCCUUCCAGGUGGUGCUGCAGCUGCCCCCCCCGCAGCUGGCUGCCAUCUUUGAGAAAUGCCCCGAGCUGCGCGAACCCCUGCUCAGCCACGUCCGCGCCCUCACCCCCCACCAGCAAGCUCACAUCCCGCUCUCCACCAUGGCCAUCCUCGAAGCUUCUGCCCGCCACGAGCCCGACGCCCGGGAGGGCCCCCCCGGAGAGGAGAAGCCCCCCAAGCAGCUGGGUGAGGAAGAUGCCAAAGGGAAGACGGUGCCUCCAGCCCCGGGGGGGUGUCCCAGCACUGCGCCCCCCCCUUCUGAGGCACCCCCAGAUCUCGGGGGGGCCGACCUUGAGCCCCCCCCCAUCUUCAUCAGCGUCCCUGAGGAUGAGGAGAGCUCAGGGGGGGCUGGGUCCCCCCCUGAUGGCACCCUCGACCCCCCCACAGCCACCCCCAAGGACCCCCCUACCAGCACAGAGCCCCCCUCAGCUGAGGCCCUCCCCAGCACCCCACCCUCUUCGGAGCCCCCCCCGCCUGGCACCCAGAGCCCUGAGGUGCCCCCCGGGGGGGCCCCCGAUGCCCCCCCAGGGCCGGCAGAGGGAUGAAGGGGGGGAGAGGGAUGUGUCCCGUCCCCGCUCAGCACCCUGGGGUGCUGUGCUCAAUAAAGGUGUGGGAGCA